AUGGCUUCGUCACUCCAACCUUCCCCGACUAUCCUCCUCCCCGGUCUACCACCCAAGACCCUGGUCGGAACCGACCUGAUCACCUUUACCUCGACGGCCAAUUUCCACGGAAUCAGAGAUCUACCAGAAGGAUGGCACUUUCUGUACACCGGUACAACAGAGAGCUUAUCUCUCCGAUGUGGUGCAUGGUUCUAUGUCGGGGACAUUAGCAAGGCUGGUGUGGGAGGCAAUGACACCGCGCUCGUCGCGCGAAACCAGAAACCCGGACCGGAAAUUCAUAUAUGGAAAUGGAACAAAGAUACUGAAUCUCUUGAGUCGCUCAAAGCCGACAGCGAUCUAGAUCGCCAAGCGGCCAUGCGCUACAAGGCCAACCUAGGUGCGGUUUGGCAGAGCGGUGGCUUGUUUCGAUACCGAAGCCGCGUGUCGCCGGCCACGUUGUCGAAUCCAUCUGGAUCAAGGCAGAAUGAGGCACCCCGGUUGGAGGAUGAUACGGAGGUCGAGGAAAGUGGCCGCAGAGAUUGGCAUCAGCUUACUGACCGGAUAUCGCCCAGUCUAUUAUCUCGUGUCAUUGGGGACCCCGAACUGGAUGUCGAUGGCCAUCCACGUUGGAUGGUGACAUCUGCUGGCACGGCCAAUCGUGACGCGGACCAUAUCCCUGGUCUCGAUCAACCCACGGAAGCCCAAGAAGGAGCUCCUGAGACUAGCGGAGGACAAGAAAGGGAGUUCGACUUCCUUCCAGUUGAUUUGAAGCGGACCUGGAGAGAGGGAGCGAUUGGACGUGAAAGGACCGAAGCUGCUCAGGAUCGCUCUUGGGCUCUGGGAGAAUUGAUCCUUAUGCACUCCAGUUCGGUCACCGGCGAGAUAACGGUCGAUGAGCGAACGGGCGAAUCACAAAUUCUGGGAGAAUUGCAGUUCUCUUUCUUGAUGGUUUUGACCAUGAUGAACUUUUCAUGUCUCCAGCAGUGGAAGCGACUGCUGGAGCUUAUCCUGACCUGCCGCCGAGCGAUUGUGGAGCGGGAAGAGUUUAUGAGUGAGGUCGUUCGCCUACUCCUGCGGCAGCUAGAGAGAUGCGAUGAUGUUGAAGGUGGUCUCUUCGAGAUAGAUGGGGACGAUGGUGGAGCUUUCUUGCGCAGCCUACUCACAAAGCUUCGACGAUCAGUGGAUGAGGUUGUUGAGAAAGGAACAGAGUCAAGGGUCAAAACUGAACUUGACAAACUGGAGGCAUGGGUCAAGAAAGAGUACGAUUGGGAGUUGAAGCGCGAGUCUAUCGUCAGACGGGGAAUGCUUCAGCUGGAGGACGGCGAGGAAGUUGAAAUGGAGAUGGACGACAAUGACGAAGACGAGGAAACGGGCGAAUAUGCUCCCCUUGUGAUUGAUCUGGAUGAAGGCAGUGCCGUGCUCGAAGGAGAGCCCGAAGAUGACAGAGAAAACACGCCUGACCUCGACGACAUGAGAUAUUGA